CCCGUCUUUCUUAGUUGCACCAACAUUCCCAGAUUAUCGGCGAAUGCCCGUAUCGCAUAAUGAAUUCAACGCGUUGUAUCUAUUUCAAAUCCAGUGUUAUCGACAGACCAAGUUCUGAGGCAAGAGCCAGCUCUCAAGGAUUCACAGAAUCGGCGGACAAAGAGAUGGCGCUGCCUUUCUACAACCCUGCCAUAGAGAAAAUUCGGGAAGAGGAAUACCCAGCAUUGAAGGGCAAGACGUACCUUGACCAUGGAGGAGCAACUUCAACCACAACCAUCACCAACUAUCUGACCAACAGCUCUACGCCAAAUCUCUCAUUGAAACCUUCUCCGAAGACCUGAUCACCAACGUCUUCGGCAACCCGCAUUCCGC